AUGUUUAACGAGAUCAAAACUCAAAACUCAACGACAAUCCCGAGAAGUAAAAAAAAAGUAUGCUACUGCAGCGGCGAUGGUAGCCACAAUGUGGACAGUGGUGAUGAGGAAGUAUCUCAGGCAGUUUAUGAUAAGAGGCCAGAGAUGAACAACAUGGGAGUUUUACUCGGGGUCAUGGGCACUGACAUACCAUUGGAUGAGAUGACGAAACAUUUUCCCGCUCAUAAAAUUGGUGUAAAUGGUUAUCCCUUCGCCAUCACGCCAAAUGGAUACACGCUAUUUCAUCCGAGAUUAAAACCCAGGCAACCAAACUUGUCGGACGAUGACGGUGCCUACAACGCUGUUGAUCUAUCUGACCUUGAAGUUUCAGAUGUUGAACACAUGCAAAGAGCGAAAGAAAGGGAUAGCACAUACUUCUACACAGACGUUAAAAGAACGCCGUUCAGUGUCGCCAUAUCAUUGCCAAACAAGUACGGCCACUACAAAGUAGAGAAUAUAGCCCCGAUCGACUUUAACGGUGAAUUUAGAAUAAUAUUACUCUCAAAAUAA